AUGAGGGCCGCGUUGAAGUCGGUUGAAAUCGACUGUCAAGACGAGACACAGGAGGGAGACGCUAGCGGCCGGUCUCCGGCUCGCCAGCCUUUUCAACCCCGGCAGAAUCGGGGCGAACCGGGAACGGAGCGCAGCGAAUCCGAGCCCCGCAGUCUCACUGAAGAUCCCGUCCUGCGAGGCCGCAAACCGAGUUCUCGUCAAGAGGAGCUCGGACGCAAAGACGAUCCGGAGCUCGAUGCCGCAGCGGAUUCGCACAACCCCCGUUUUUGCGAGAGAAACCUCCGAGUUUCUCGCUCCGGGUCGGACGGCCUGCGUGCGUCGCCGGAGAGGCACGGGAAGGUGUCUGUACACCCGGGGAGUCCUCCAGCGACUCCGAAGGCUUCGCUACUCGGUUUCAGCGCGCCGUCGCCCGCGAGCUGGUGUUGGAUUUUGCAGAGAGAGGGAGCGCGCGGAAACUGGCCGGCGAGGGCUCCUGUAGACGAAGAGCCGCGCACGGACGUUUCGAUUUGUGUGGAGCGCUCCGGGCGCGAUGCGCGGCUCGAAAGCUCCGUCCCGCCUGGGCCUUCUGGUCUCCGCCUCGCGUCUCCUCCGUUCUUGCCUUCUCCCUCACCUGCCUUUCCGGCGCAACCCGGGGCGUCUGCGCCGCAGUGCCCAGCCGAAAUUCCGCACGAAGGCGCGGAUUGUCGGCGGCGGCUUUUCGCCGCGCCUUUCUCGUCGGUGCCGCCCACGGGGAUCUGUUCGCCGUUCUCGGACGCGUCUUCGCUCUUCAGUCACCCGCCCUUCGGCACGAUGCGUUCCACGUCGUCGGUUCGAGAGAGCUCCAACACCAGUCCCAAGACAGUCGAGGUGUGCUCGACGAACGCAACGAGUGGAUGGUCGUCCUUCUCGCCGGUGCCGUCCGGCGGGAGUGUACGUACACCGCAACACUCCAGGCCGGGAAGCGACGACGACGCGAACUCGGGGCGCACAGACUCGAGUCUGGGCCACAGGCAGAUGUGGCUGUUGCCGCCGCCCUCCCACUCGCUGAGCUCGUCGAGCCGCGAAUGCCGCCUCCCCGCUGAAAGUUCGUGGCGCCGCCCGUCUGACGCGCCUACCAGCGACAGCGACCGGUCGAAGCGCCGAGGGAGGCCGGAGGGAAAGGCGAGCGCGACGGGAGAGAGAGAACGGGGGACUUCCGACGCCGAGCACGCGUUCUGGGCCUCGCCUCGCCGCUGGGACAGAGGCGACGAGCGGCGGAGCGAUUCCGGGCGCCGAAGCGCGGCUUCGGGGUCGUGUCGCGUCCAGGGCAGGGGCUGCUUUUUUCGACUUGGGCAACUUCUUCGACGCUCGCCACUCGCCCCCGCACAAACCUUCGACGACGAAGACGAGACUCUCUACGUGGAGGGCGUCCUGCGGUUCUCCCGCUACCGGUCGAUCCCCGUCGCCGUCGCGGUCCUCGUCAUCUCCUUCCUCUACACCCUACCGUUUGUCCUGCACGGUUUUGAGGAGCUCCACCACACUCCGUCUGCCGAGCGACGCAUUUUUGUCUUCUUUUCGUCUCGUCCUCCUGGAGGCUCGGCCCUCGACGCCGCUGCGUCUGAGCGAGGGGUGUACCCGGUGCGGGACUCUGACUACACAGCCGUCGUCCUCAGUCUCGUGUUUUGGAUCCUCUCGCUCGGCUCUGUCUUCGUUUUCGCCUGCUUUGCCAUCUUCGCCGCCUUCGUUCGGCGCAUCGAGAAGGUUCUCUGCUGGGUGACAGCAGUUCACUUCACCGCGCUCGCCUGCGCCGAGUGCUUCCAGGCGCUUCGGACCUCGGCCUGUCCCGAUUCCUUCCUCUCGGACGCGACGCAGGAAGCCGGCGGGUGCACGCGCGUCGACUCGGGGCUUACGCCUGAGCUCCUCAUCAUGCAAGUCUUCUUCCUGAUCGUGUUGGACUUUGUCUUUUGCGUUCGCUUGAAGACGUCGCAGUGGCUGCAUCUCUGUGCGGUGUCUCUGCUCUUGGCGCUGGCGGUCACCUACACCGUCGCCCUCCCGCUCCCUGCCUACCUCGUCGCCUCGCUCUGGGGCCAGUUCGUGAUCGGCUGCUUCGUCCUCUCGAGCUUGCUCCUCGCCGCCCUCGCCCUCGAGACGGAACGACGAAGAACGUUCCUCCACUGCCAGCAGGCCAAGGCGCGCGUCGCCGAGCUCCAGGAACGCGCUCAAACCGACAAGAACCAGGGAAAAGUCGCCGUCUUGGGCCUCAUCCACACGCUCAAACAGAUGGACGCCUGCCUGCGGCAACUGCAGAACCUCGCGCCUGAUGCCUCGGACGUGGUAUGCCAGCUGGACACCCUGCGUCUCCAGUGUCUCGGCAUCGCCACGAGCUCCGAAAACUUCUACGCUGUCAACGUGGAUUUCCUCCCCACCGACGUUCGCGACGUGCUGCAUCUUGCGGCGCAAGACUCCUCUGAGGACGAGGCCUUCAGAAACACCCAAAUCCUCCUGGGCGACAGCCUGUCUCCGAGGUUUCACUCGGGAACCUGUCUGGUGAUUGGAUCGCCGCCGCGCAACGCAGCCGCCCAGUCGGUCUCGCCUUUACACAGCCGCAAAAUGGCGCUUCUCGGCGAGAUGGCAGCUGCUGGGAGAGUGCCAGGGCGGCGCGCCUCCUGCGAGGCCUGUGUCGGAUCUUCAGCGGCGAAGGACAAGGAGACAGGCGAGAAGGAGAAGGCGAAGCCUGUGCAGGUUCCGCCUCUCGUCGAGCACGAGUUGCUUUCCCACGUGGGAAGUUUUUGGCCGCUCGACAUCUUCAAAAUCGACCGGGAAUGCAACGGAAACGCGCUGCUUCACGUCGGGUAUCACCUCCUGGAUCCUCUGUUGGCUGCGGGAUUCUUGUCCUGUUCGCGGGGAGUCGUCCUCGAGUUUCUCUACUCGCUGCAGUGUCUGUACAACGGCACGCCGUACCACAACCAGAUUCAUGCGGCAGCGGUCGCGCACAUGGCGCUGUCUGUCUGUUACCUGUUGGAUUUGUUUCAUCCGACCCUCGGGGCGUCUCCGAGCGAGGGCUCGCAGCUCUUUGCACACCAGCUGGCCUUGAUCGUUGCGGCGCUCGGCCACGACGUGGGGCAUCCUGGCCGGAGCAACGCGUUCCUCAUUCAGUCCUCCUCGACGCUGUCUGUGGUGUACAACGAUCGUUCGAUCCUCGAGAAUUACCACGCGUGUCUGACCUUCUACACGCUGUCUCACCGCACCUGCAACAUCUUCCGGGGGAAGACGGUGACGCAGUAUCGGGACAUCCGGAAGAAGGUGAUUGAGCUGAUUCUCUCGACAGACAUGAGUCACCACUUUGAAUUCGCCACUCGAAUCGCUGCACGGCGCGAAAACCCAGACUUCAACUUCCGCGAGCGAGAAGAAGACCGCGCCCUCGUCCUCUCGCUGGCGAUCAAAGUGGCGGACUUGGGUCACUGCGCCGUCGACUGGGAGGCACACGCCGCCUGGUCGGCGAGGCUGAAGGAGGAGUUCUUCGCCCAGGGCGACGAGGAACAGAGGCUCGGCCUCCCGGUGUCUCCGCUCUGCGACCGGUCGCAACAAGGCCAGCUGCCGCGAAGUCAAGCGAACUUCAUCGAGUUCCUCUUCCUGCCGCUCGCCCAGCACGUCGCCGCCAUCGCCCCCGACGACCGAUUCGAGAGAACUGCCAUCGCGCGCGCCCGACAAAACAUCUUCUUCUGGGAAAGCAGACAAGCCGACAUCGACGCAAACAACGAAGAGUAG